UUUGAGUUAUCUACAAACGCAAUUAUGGCUUCAAACCAGUUCAUGGACCUCGAUCAAAAUGGAAAGGUACAGGCUUACUACAUCUGGAUUGAUGGAUCUGGACAGAAUUUCAGAGGUAAAACAAAGACGAUGGACGGACCAAUCACCUCAAUAGACCAAUUACCUGAAUGGAACUUUGACGGCAGCAGCACAAACCAGAGUACCGGACGAAACAGUGACAUCUACAUCAAACCCGUCAGUAUUUUCAAAGAUCCCUUUAGAAGAGGUGACAAUAUUCUGGUGAUGUGUGAGUGCUACGCUCCUGAUGGAACUCCCCACCCAACCAACAAGAGAGAAGAAUGUAAGAAACUCAUGGACGAAUUCGCUGACGAAAUACCUUGGUUCGGAAUUGAGCAGGAAUAUACCAUGUUUGAUCACACUGGCAAGCAUCCCUACGGAUGGCCCACGAACGGAUAUCCAGGACCCCAGGGACCCUACUAUUGCGGAGUUGGUGCGGAUAGAGUUCAAGGCAGGAAGAUUGUAGAGGCUCAUUACAGAGCCUGCAUGUACGCUGGUGUUAAGAUUGCUGGAACCAACGCAGAGGUCAUGCCCUCCCAGUGGGAAUACCAGGUUGGACCAUGUGAGGGUAUAGACAUGGGAGACCACCUCUGGGUUUCCAGGUACAUCCUGUGCAGAGUAGCUGAGGAGUUCGACGUGGUCAUCAGUUUCGACCCCAAACCUAUUGAUGGAGAUUGGAAUGGCGCUGGAUGCCAUACUAACAUCAGCACGAAAGCGAUGAGAGAAGAAGGAGGAAUGGAGCACAUCGUGAAAGCAAUCGAGAAGAUGAGCACGAAACAUGACGAGCACAUCCGUGAGUACGAUCCAACCAACGGAAAGGAUAACGCCAGGAGACUCACUGGACUUCAUGAAACAGCCAGCAUUCAUGACUUCAGCUACGGAGUAGCCAACCGAGGGUGCAGUAUUAGGAUACCAAGGCAGUGUGAAAAGGACGGUUACGGUUACUUCGAGGACCGUCGUCCAUCCAGCAACUGUGACCCGUACGCCGUGACCUCCAUAAUCAUCAAGAGUAUAUGUCAGUAGACACGUGUCACUACUCACUACACGAGACCACAAAAUUAGUGGACGGUUCAGACAUCGUUCCUGCGGUCCACUCAGUUGUUGGUCGGGUAGUGGCCCCCGAUCGGUAAAACUUUGUGAACGUUCACGUCAAGUAUUCUACCUCAGUAUUCUACGGACAUCUUAGGUUAUUUAAUAGUUAUGUUUUAUUUUUGAAGCUACCAUGAGUUGAUGUAUACCAAUCUUGAGCCUUUCCGUCAAAGUGGUAAACUGUAAGCCUGACACUAUUAUUUAGGUAUAUGAUAUUAUGUUUUACCGGUAUUAUAUAUAUGUUAAAUAUGUGACUAUAUUAGUAAAUUGCAUGAUUUUCAAGUUUUUAUCAAUAUACGGUAUAGGGUAAAACUAAAUGAUUUUGUAUGUAAUAUGAACAUUCAUAUUGUUUAUCACAGAUUGGUGAUGAAAUUAA